AUGGACGAUAGGUUACAGCAUCUCGAUGAGAUGAAGCGCAAGCUGCAACAGCUGCGGGAGCGACGGCCGCUACCAUCCUCGGGGGCUGCCCCGACGACACCAGCUACAGCGAUUGGGCCGAAAAAGAGCGGGAAUGGGUUUGUAUCACAUCUGCUGCGUGGGAUCGAACGGGUGCCGACCGCAGGGCGUCUGGCGCAGUCGUCAGGGUCCUGCCGCGUGGACAUGGCGAGCGUGGCGAUACAGACAGAUGAGACUGUGGAGCAAACAGAGCUGGAGGGGCAGUUACUGGGGGAGUUACAGAAAGUGAGCGCGAUUACGUACGAGAAGGCGGUGCAGACGGAGGCUGUGGACGCGGCACAGGAGGAGUUUCGGCCGUUCGAGGAGGAGGCAACACAGGACGGGUCGUCAGGAGAGUCGAACCUGGAGGAAGGGGAUAGCUCGAUCGCGACGACAGAGGAGGAGGAGCCGGUGCGGCUGAAGCCGCUGAUCGUGACCGGCCAGAGUGUGUCGCUGGAGACCAUGACGUUUGCGCUGCUGGAGGCGCUAGAAAACAAGCGUAGUCUUGUCAAUACAUAUCAAUUGGAAGACAACGAGCACUUUGUGUACUCGCACGAACUUGUGCUGGAUGUAGUGCCGAAUACGAUUCCGAUGGUUGUGUCUCUGGACUACCACGAGGGGUUUGUGCUGGCGCUGGUGCAGCUGGAGUCCAAGGCGCACCAAUACAACAGUCAGACGGUGUGCUACGUGAUCAACUUUGAAACCGGGGAGAUCGUGGACACGAUCCACUUUCAAGGGCAGACGCUGAUCCGCGGAGAGUUUAUUUUGAUCAAGGAGUCCAAAAUUUUGACGAUGCUCCUUACGUCGUACAAUGGCAAGACCAUUCUUUAUGAGCUGCGCGCGGUUGCAUCGAAAACCAACAGCAAAUCCCCGUCGAAGCCAAAGCUAGACCGCAAUGUUUUGUCGCGCAACUACCACAAUUGGCCCAUCUUUGCACUGUGGCAGCACCAUGUGCGCGAGUCGAAGGUGCUGACCGCCAGCACGGACGGUAUGAUCCACGAGCUGAACCUCAUCGACCUCAAGCCGGUCUUGGACCCUACAAGUUGGAAUGCGGUCCGAGUACUGCCGCUCUCUAGAUCUGAGCUCAUACUUAAGGAGCAGUACGGUAACCACAAGUUCCUAAACCAGCUUUCCCGGCUGUCGCUCUAUGAUGAGAUCACCAUCAAAGCUAUCUGCACAUUUCACAAUGAUCCCAGCAGCAUAUAUCUUGGCUGCGAAGACGGCGGAAUCUACAAGAUUGUAAUUGAGAAAGGGGAGGGCCGCCGCAACAUCAAGGUCUCGCUGGAUAACAACGGAUUCAUUCCAGACACGCGCGCAGACCGAGAACCUGUCUACAGCUCACGCGAGCAUGAGGAUGAGGCCGAUGACGACGACUCGGAACGCCACCAGGAGCCGCUCUUUCAUUCUGGCUCCAUCACGCGCCUCUUUCCAUGCGAUGGCUUGCCAGGCCUAAUGGUCUCCAGCGGGAUGGACUGGAAGUGCAUCCUGUGGGACGUUCCUAACAACGAGCGCAUCUUUGUCAUUGACGUCGACAGUCCGGUAAUAUCUUGUGAGUGGGCUACCUUAUCUGAGGACAACGGCGUACACUAUAUUGCUUUGCUCACUGCAUUAGACUUCCACAUAUACGAGGUCAAUCUUAUUUCGACUCAUACGCACCUAGGGAACAUUCGCUGGUCCAUUCAAAACUUCCCUAAAAGGGUGUUCUCCAUUUCCGCUACGCAAACAAAGCAUGAGUUGCACAUGUUCUCAUACUUCAAGUUAAUAAAGCAACAGGAAAAAUGGUUUGUGUUACUCGGCGGUGACCAGAAUACUAUCGAGUGUUACUGCAUAUUUUCAUAA